UGCGUGUGAUUGGUAGUUAGAGUAGCAUUAGCAGAGUGAGCUAAUCAGAGCAUCACUGGAGGUAUUUGGGUUAAAAUAAACACAUUUCUGAAUAAGGCAGAAUGGAGAUACAUAUACAGGGAUAUGUUUAGGUAUUAAAAAUUUAAGCGCUGUAGUUGUUUGAAUCAUAGCUGUUGUGUUUAGUGAGUCUGGGGCUGCUUUAAUAACUGCAGGUGCUGCUUCUUUGCUUAGCUAAAACCAGCUAGCUGCGCCUCGUUAGCCCGGCUCUGCGCCUGUGUGAAGAAGAAGAUGUCAUUUCACUCUGGUCGUGGAUGCCCUCGGGGACGCCCCCCUCCAGGACAGCAUGGUUCUCCUCAGAGUUACCGCCCUCCUGGCCUGCAUCUGCCUACCCCCCAUCCCCUGAUGCCCCCAUACCCGUACGAACCCCCUGCACCGCACUGCUCCGGGUACAAUCCCCAAGGCGCCAACAGCUUCGUGCCACCUCGUCCUGAAUUCAUGCCCUACCCCAUUCCCACCUCUUCGCAGGGCCCUCAAGGUCAGUGCCCUAUACGACCCCCUUUUCCCAACCCUCCCAUUCGACAGGGCUUCCCUGAACCCCCCAAUUUCCCCCCUCCACCUCUGCCCAGCUCUUCUACCAAUGUGGCUCAAUCACAGGGGUCCUAUCCCUACAUGCUUCCUUCAGUGCCACCUCCCCCUCUGCCACCGGUGCCACCCUCUGUGCCACCCUCUAUGCCCUAUCAACCCCCCUACUCCAUGAACUAUCCCCCGCAGCCCCAUUUCCCCCCUCCCCCCAGCUUUAACCCUGGUUACACUCAGCCCGAGAGCACUUCCUUCAAACAGGAACACUUCCCCCGCCACCCGCCUCAGUAUAAAGGGGAGAAGUCCCGCUCCCCCGAGCGCCCACGGAGGCACGAGGAGCACCGCCACAAGAGCUACGGGUACAGCGGGCAUGGAGAGCGGCAUAAAUCAGAGUACGGAGGAGAAAGGAAGGACAGAGGGAGGAGUCCCGACAGACGGAGGGCUGAGAGGUUCAGGAGCGAGCAUGAUCGAGGAAGGACAUCUCCAAGGCACAGAAGCAGAGAACGCAGCAGAGAGCGCUACCGGCACAGAGACAGCAGAAGCUCCCCUCCCUCGGACAGACACCGCAAGCGCCCCCGCAGUCGCUCGGGCAGCAGAGAGCGAAAACGAGUACGAGGGGAUGAGGAGAGGGAGAGGAGGACGGAGGGAGGUAACCGAGAAAGGAGCUAUACUUCCACAAGGGGCAGCAGAGAACCGGAGGAAUUGUCCCCUGUACAGCGGCAUGACGAGGAGAGGGAGGAGGAGGAGUUACUGAAACCGGCCUGGAUCCGCUGCACACACUCUGAAAACUACUACUCUAACGACCCAAUGGACCAAGUGGGUGACUCUACAGUGGUGGGCACCAGUAAGCUGAGGGACCUGUAUGAGCGUUUUGAGGAGGAGCUGGUUCGCAGGCAGGAACGAGCCAAGGCCACCAGACCCAAAUGGGAGCCUCCCAAAACCAAACUGGACCUGGACCAGGAUGAAAGCUCGAGUGAGUCUGAGUGCGAUUCUGAUGGAGACAGCAGCUGUUCCAGCAGUUCAGACUCUGAAGUAUUUGACGUUAUAGCAGAGAUAAAGCGAAAGAAAGCUCAUCCUGACCGCCUUCACGACGAACUGUGGUAUAACGACCCCGGACAGAUGAAUGAUGGUCCUUUAUGCAAAUGCAGUGCCAAGGCCAGGCGUACUGGAAUCCGACACAGUAUCUACCCUGGAGAAGAGCCAGUGAAAUCAUGUCGCCCAAUGAAUAACAACGCUGGAAAACUUUUCCACUACAGAAUCACAGUGUCUCCACCCACAAACUUUCUGACGGACCGGCCCACUGUGAUUGAGUAUGAUGAUCACGAGUACCUGUUUGAAGGGUUUUCUCUCUUCUCCCACACUCCACUCACUAAUAUUCCUUUGUGCAGAGUAAUUCGCUUCAACAUUGAUUACACCAUUCACUUCAUAGAGGAAAUGUCCCCAGAGAACUACUGCGUGAAGGGGCUAGAGCUGUUUGCUUCAUAUCUGUUUCAGGACAUACUUGAGCUCUAUGAUUGGAACCUCACAGGUUCAGAGGAUGAAAAUGAUUCUACAGGGUGCCAGCGGUUUCACUUCAUGCCUCGGUUUGUUCGCUUCCUCCCAGAUGGAGGAAAGGAAGUGUUGUCUAUGCACCAGGUGCUGCUGUAUUUAUUACGCAGCAAUAAGCCUCUGGUUCUAGAAGAGGAAAUUGCAAACAUGUUACAGUGGGAGGAGCUAGAAUGGCAGAAAUACGCAGAGGAGUGCAAGGGCAUGAUCGUCACCAACCCUGGCAUGAAACCCAGCUCAGUGAGGAUAGACCAGUUGGACCGUGAACAGUUUAACCCAAAUGUCAUCACAUUUCCAAUCAUUGUACACUUCGGCAUCCGCCCUGCUCAGCUCAGCUACGCCGGAGACCCACAGUAUCAAAAGCUGUGGAAGAGUUACGUGAAGUUACGCCACCUGCUGGCCAACAGCCCGAAGGUGAAGCAGAUCGAUAAGCAGAAGCUGACGCAAAGAGAGGAGGCUCUGCAGAAGAUUAGGCAGAAGAACUCUAUGAGGCGGGAGGUUACAGUGGAGCUCAGCAGCCAAGGCUUCUGGAAGACUGGGAUCCGCUCUGAUGUCUGCCAGCAUGCCAUGAUGCUCCCGGUCCUUACGCACCAUAUCCGUUACCACCGGUGUCUGAUGCACCUGGAUAAGCUCAUCGGAUAUACCUUCAAGGAGCGCUGUCUGCUGCAGCUGGCUAUGACCCACCCCAGUCAUCACCUGAAUUUUGGCAUGAACCCUGACCAUGCCCGCAACUCUCUGUCUAACUGUGGCAUCCGUCAACCCAAAUACGGUGACAGGAAGGUCCAUCAUAUGUACAUGAGGAAGAAAGGAAUUAACACACUCAUUAACAUCAUGUCACGACUGGGCCAGGAUGACCCCGCCCCAUCCAGGAUUAAUCAUAAUGAGCGGUUAGAGUUUCUCGGAGAUGCUGUGGUGGAGUUCCUCACCAGCGUUCAUCUGUAUUACCUGUUUCCAAGUCUGGAGGAGGGUGGCUUGGCUACUUAUCGCACUGCUAUCGUUCAGAAUCAGCAUCUAGCCAUGCUGGCCAAGAAACUGGAGCUGGACCGGUUCAUGCUGUACGCUCAUGGUCCUGACCUGUGCAGAGAGUCUGACCUCAGGCACGCCAUGGCCAACUGCUUUGAAGCUCUGAUAGGGGCUGUAUACUUGGAAGGCGGGUUACAGGAGGCCAAGCUUCUCUUUGGGAGGUUACUGUUCAACACUGAGGACCUCCGGGAGGUCUGGCUGAACUACCCUCCACAUCCACUACAGGUUCAGGAGCCGCUGACAGACAGACAGCUGAUAGAGACUUCCCCCGUACUGCAGAAACUAACAGACUUCGAGGAGGCCAUCGGCGUGCUAUUUACACACGUCCGGCUGCUGGCCCGAGCCUUCACGCUCCGCACCGUCGGCUUCAACCACCUCACACUGGGACAUAACCAGCGGAUGGAGUUUCUGGGGGAUUCUAUCAUGCAGCUGGUGGCCACUGAGUACCUGUUCAUUCACUUUCCUGACCACCAUGAAGGACAUCUGACGCUGCUGCGCAGCUCCCUGGUGAACAACAGGACGCAGGCCAAAGUAGCAGAAGAGCUGGGCAUGCAGGAGUUCGCCAUCACCAACGACAAAACCAAGCGUCCUGCAGCUCUACGCACCAAAACCCUGGCUGAUUUACUGGAGUCUUUCAUCGCAGCUCUUUAUAUAGACAAAGACCUUGAGUACGUCCACACCUUCAUGAACGUCUGCUUCUUCCCGAGGCUAAAGGAGUUUAUUUUGAACCAGGACUGGAAUGAUCCCAAGUCUCAGCUCCAGCAGUGCUGCCUCACACUGAGGACCGAGGGCAAAGAGCCAGACAUCCCCCUAUACAAAACGCUGCAGACAGUGGGUCCGUCCCACGCUCGUACCUACACUGUGGCUGUGUACUUUAAAGGGGAGCGCAUCGGCUGCGGAAAAGGACCCAGCAUCCAGCAAGCUGAGAUGGGUGCCGCUAUGGACGCACUGGAAAAAUAUAACUUCCCUCAGAUGGCUCAUCAGAAACGCUUCAUUGAGCGGAAGUACAGGCAGGAGCUGAAGGAGAUGAGGAGGGAGCGAGAGCGGCAGGAGCGAGAGAGCGACGAAGGGGAAGACGGGCGGAAGUGAACGAGGGGAGGGAAGAAAAAAAACUGAAAAAACAUCACGUGAGGAAAUGAGUCUGGCCACUCCAAGUACAGUCAGAGAGACGUGGUGAAUUUGAGGACCAGUGGUGUUUCCAACAUGAACAUAGCUAAAUUCUUAUUCACUCUUAUUCGCUUAUUUCUGAGAGCUUUUAAUAAACACAGCCUGACUGAAGUGAUGGUUCAUCUGAAAAACACAAUCUACACUAUUUUCCUCACAUUCAAAUCUGCACAACAGGUUUGAGAAUUGAUUGUCUUUAGCUUUACACACCACCAGUCUCAUAGCUCCAGUGUGGAACAACUUAAUAAGCUGAGUGAAGCAAACCAAAAACAUUUCCUGGCCUCUCAACAACAGUUUGAAUAUUUGAAUAUAUUAAAAAUUUGCCGCAGAAUUGCUGCUUAAAAGGAGAAAUCCAGUGUGAAAUGGACUUGGGGUGUAGUGAAACAUGAAACUUUUGUAGAAUUUAGCUUUCUAAAAAAAUACAACGCAUUUAGCCGAUUGCUCCCAACGGCUUACAAUGCUAGCGAUAGGGGCAUUUGGUUGCUUAUGAGAAAAAAGAAAAAUAAACUCUAUUUUUACACCAUUAAUAUGCUCAAAGUAUCUCCACACGUCAUUGGUGAAAUUGAUCUUUUUUAAUUAAGUCACGAUAAGUUGACUGACGAGCACGAACCAGACUACAGCUGAUAAAUCACAUAAAUAUCUGCAGUAGUUUUGUACUGGAGUCGGUGUAACAGGAGUUGGCAAAUAUCCAAGAACUAUUUUUGCAGUAAAUAAGCGUUAUUAAGUUUGCGAUCGGUUUUCCUAUCAUACCUUUGUGUUCGUGCUCAUGAGUCAAACUUAUCAUGACUUUAUUCAAGAUGGCGGCACUCACUCGUACAACUAUCUUAAGGCACUAAGUGUAUAAACACAGUGUUUAAUGAACUAUUUGAGCACUUUUUAAAGUUCUCAGUGCCUCGUUUUAAACGUCAGGGCCCUCAGAAUUCUACCAAUGAAAGUCUAAAGUUGGUGUAAAAAUAGAGAUUUAUUUGCGUGAGCAACACUAUGCCCCUAUCACUAGCAUUGUAAGCAUGAUUGGAGUGAACAUAGGUGGGCUAUUCGACAAAAAAUAGUACUGGUUAUCAUGUUUCACUAAACCCCAAGCCUAUUUCACACCGGAUUUCUCCUUUAAUAUAGCAUUUACCUGUUCAUUUACUUUUCUUUUUUUUUGUUGUUGUUUUUUUUAUCAGUAAUGUUCUGUUAUGAAAUGUAAUAGAAUGUGAUUUAUAUGAAACCGUUAGGACUCUUUCCAGCGUUUUGCAGCCAUUUUCUAAAAUGCAAAAUGGGAGAAACUAAGAGAAAAUGAACAGAGCAUGAGCAGGCUUUCCAUAAUUGGCUCUGGCAAAGCAGAAGAUCCCAUUGACACCCAUUGGCCGACUGGUCUAGAUAUUAAACACGCUAGAUAUUCGCCAGGCAUCUGUGACUUUAUUGGUGACCGCUCUUAAGCAGUUCACACUAUGUGACUGAGCAGCGACGUGCGAACACUGACGAACUGCCUGAUUUCGCCUUUUCAAUUUUUUUCUUUCUUUUUUUUCUCGGCUAUCUGCAAAAAAAAAACAAAAAACUUUUGCGUAAACCAAACAUGCUGUGGCUGGUCAACAGCAGUCGAGAGAAAGGGAUAAAUGGGUAUGUUAAAAAUAUUUUCAGAACUGCUACUUUAACAUAGCAUUUACCUCUUCAUUUACUUUUCUUGUUUUUUUUCUUUUUUAUCAGUGUGUUCAGUUAGGGAAUGUAGAAAAAUGUGAUUUAUAUGAAACUGUUUUGAUUACUUCCAGUGUUUUGCAGCCAUUUUCAGAUAGACCUAACGGGGGAAAGGGAAAAUGGGCAGGCUUUCCACGCUACUCUUGACUCCCAGUCGCCGACUGGUCUAGAUAUCAAACCUGCUAGAUACUGUCCAUGCAUUUGUGACUCGUCGCCGACCCCUUUGCAAAGGCUCAGCGAUGAAGGAGUAACUGGUUAUAUUAAAAAUGUGCUGACAUUUCCCUGUUAGGUUACUUUUCUUGUUUGUUUGCUUUUAUCAGUGUGUGAUCUACUUGUGAAUGUAAUAAAAUGCGUGUGAUUUAUAUGAAACGUAAAAGUUAAAAUUGUAGACCAGACUAAUACUAAUAAAUAAACAAAUGCAACUCA